CUCUCAUCUGUUGGUAUGGCUCAGGCUGCAUCAUCCAAAAGGACACGUGUUCUCUGUUUAUUACAGAGCAAAAGAAGGGAGGGGAAGAGUGAGCGAAUGAGGGAGGGUGGAACAGAGGUAGAGAGAUUCACACAGCAUAGCUCUCACUGGGUAGACAGCAUCGCUCCGAAACACACUCACGAGCAAACAAAAAGAGGCUUAAACACAUCAGAAUCCUUUAAGACGACAACAGAACACAGUCCUUCAGCAGAGAUGGGGCCUGGAUUGUUCUGGAACUUCCCAUCCAAGACUAGCUGCACGGUUCCACAGAGCCUGCUGCAGACAAUGUUGCUCUUCAGGAUGGCUGGCAUGAAGGAUCAGCAGUUCACUGAAGAGAAACCGCUACUGCCAGAAUCCAGGGGACAGGAAACAGAGAUGGCUAAAGGACAGUGUGUGCACGCUCUGCCCUGUGCUACGCCCUCCCCCCCCACGGCUCGCCCCUCAAAACCCUGGCAUGCCAUCGCCCGACACUGGCUCGGCCUGACGCGCCGUCGGACCAGCGGGUACUUCCCGGAAAACUGUGAGACCUUUGUGGCAGAAGGAGAUUGGAAGUGCAUUCAAGACAAGCUGUGUUUCAACACCUUCUUCCACAAUGAAGACAUGCAGGAGAUCACUAAGCAUUUUGUGGUGUGCCACGUAGAUGCCCCAGGCCAGCACAUUGGUGCCCCCCAGAUGCCACAAGGGUAUCAGUAUCCCACCAUGGAUCAGCUAGCUGGGAUGCUUCCUAGUGUGGUGCAACACUUCGGCUUCAAGAGCAUUGUUGGAAUUGGAGUGGGGGCUGGUGCCUACAUCCUAGCCAAAUUUGCGCUGAUUUUCCCUGAUCUUGUGGAGGGUCUGGUUCUACUCAACAUUGACCCCAAUGGUAAGGGAUGGAUCGACUGGGCCGCCACAAAAUUGUCAGGACUCACCAGUACUUUACCAGACACUGUCCUGGCCCACCUAUUCAGCCAGGAAGAGCUUAUGAGCAACACAGAAGUGGUCCAGACUUACCGCCAACAGAUCAACAACACCAUCAACCAAUUUAACCUACAGCUCUUCUGGAACAUGUACAACAGCCGCAGGGAUUUGGAAAUGAACCGCAGUGGCUCUGUGCUAAAUGCUAAGACCCUGAGGUGCCCAGUCAUGCUGGUCGUUGGUGACAAUGCUCCGGCUGAGGAAGGCGUGGUUGAGUGCAACUCUAAACUGGAUCCAACCAACACCACAUUCCUAAAGAUGGCCGAUUCAGGUGGAAUGCCUCAAAUUACACAGCCCGGAAAACUCACAGAGGCUUUCAAGUACUUCCUGCAGGGAAUGGGUUACAUUGCUUAUAUGAAGGAUCGGAGAAUGAGUGGGGGGCCAGUGCCUUCGGCCAGUAUGACCCGUCUUGCUCGCUCGCGAACGGCCUCUCUGACCAGCGCCGGCUCUGUGGAUGGUUCUCGCAACCGUGCAUGCACGCACUCAGAUAGCAGUGAGGCCGUCGGGCAGGUCAGCCACACCAUGGAAGUGUCCUGCUGAACCCUCUUGCACUGUCUCACACGCACACAUUUAGAGAGACGGGGCAUGGAAGGAGGGCGUGAGAAGAAUGGAGGUCUCAUAUUGCUUUCAUUCUUUCUUUCUCAGCCAUUUUCUAUGUCAUUUUCUCUCAGUUUUUCAGUGUUAGCCAUCUUAAAGGAAUAGUUGACUCAAAAAAAAAAAAAAAUUACCAUCAUUUACUCACCCAGAUGUCUUUAGAAACCCAUAUGACUUGAUUUCUUCUGUAGAACACAAAAUGAGAUGUAUAUAGUCCAAGCAGCUAUUUCCCAUAUAAUGAAAGUGAAUGGUGACCACAACUGAAUUUCAGUGGAUAACAACUUUUUUUUUUGUGAAUUAGCUUUAGAAGACCUGAAAUGUCAUGCACAGGUCAUGUAAACCACUUUUAUUAUACUUGAGCAUGACAGCACUUGGUCCCCAUCCACUUCCAUGGUAUGGAAGAGAGCAGCUUGGACGUUCUGCUGAACAUAUUUUGUGCUCCACAGAAGAAAUAAAGCAAUACAGGUUUAGAAGAACCUUAGUAUGAGGUUUUCUUUUCGAGCUGAACUAUUCCUUUACCCUGUAAAAUGAAGACUUGCUGUCCUUUUCCCCUUCAAAACAGUGUUUAGUUUCCCCCCAACUUUGUAACGCGGUUACUUAACGCUCUACGUGUCAGUAUUCUGCACCCUUUGCUCGCUGCCUCUGGCCUUCACCUCCUCCUAAGACAAAACUACAAGUCCCAUCAGCCCCUGCUCUCACUCAUUCCUGUCCUAUGACAGUCUUUGAGGAGAAACUGAUGGAUCGGGUCGCAGGUAGAAGGGGUUGGUCUUGAGGAACAGCAUGAAACAAAGUAAAAGAAAGGAGAGUUCUUAAAGCAGAGAGUGAUUUAUAAGUGACAUUUGUAGCUCUCCCUCUCAAUUUUGAGCGAAAGUGAUUGUAUAGUCGAAGAGGGCGAAAAUCUCUUAACCAGUAAACAGUAGCUUUCGGCUAAUCAUCUCAGCUCAUUCAGUCAUUGGGAGGGUAUGUAUCACCACAUACUGUAAGAAAGAAUCGUUUUUUGAUAGGGUUUUUUGCAUUAUUUGAUACUAUGAUUGGUUUUCUAAUUUAAAAUGUUAUUAAAGCAUGAACAAUGCUUUUGAACAGUUUUUCUCCAUUAAAGUAGGAACAGAAGUUGUAUGACUUGACUUGCCACUGACUUGCCUCAAAAGGUAUUUUUUUCAUGUUAGAAUGCUUCAUUUUACCAUUCCUUUAACAUUAAGCACUAAUACAAUCAAGUGCACUUUCAAAUCAAGUCUCACUUCAUUAAAUACGACAUACCUAGUACCCUUUUAGUGUGUACUCUCUGUCA